AUGAACGGCCUCCAAAGUAUCACCGCGUGGCAGGAAUAUUUCAACCAUCCGUCGAGCAGUACUCUCGGCUUGAUGAACUCUGCUGGUUUCCUGCCAGGUCUCAUCGUUUGUUUUCUGGCCGACCGACUGGCCCAUAAGUUUGGCAAGCUUAUCACGGUCUGGAUAGGUUCUGGCAUCGCCACUAUCGGAGCUAUUGUAAUUGGCCUGUCUCAGAACACUGGCAUGUUUGUUGGAGGCAGAGCUCUAAUGGGAGUUGGAGUUCAGGGCACUCUUGUGGUCGCCCCAGCACUACUUCAGGAGAUUGCUCACCCUCGAUACCGUGCCCGUAUCGGGGCGCUUUAUAUGAGUAUCUACUACUUUGCCUCGACAAUUUCAGCUGCUGUCUGUCGCGGCUGCCUUACUCUCCAAGGAGAGAAGGCCUGGAGAAUCCCCUGCCUUCUUCAAGUUGUUGGACCUGUGCUGGCCAUUCUCAUGACUCUAACCGCUCCGGAAUCCCCCAGAUGGCUCGAGAAGAACGGCCGGUCCGAGGAUGCGCUACGAGUUCUAGCAAAGUAUCAUGCCAAUGGUGAUGCGAAUGACGCUCUCGUUCUAUACGAGCACCGCGAGAUCAAAGAAGCCCUUGCCGUUGAAGAGCUAAACUCCCAGACCAAGUAUACCGACUAUCUCAAGGGCAAUGGCAACCGUCACCGACUUUUGAUUCUUGUGAUUGUGUCUUUGGGAACGAACUGGGUUGGCAACGGAAUUAUCUCGUACUACCUGAGCCCCAUAUUGACGUCUCUGGGUAUUGCAUCCACGAGCGAGCAGCUGAAUAUUCUGAUUGGAUUGCAAGUCUUUAACUAUAGGGUUGGUCGUCGACCUCUUUGGAUUGGAUCAACCGCUGGCAUGCUCGUGUUCUUUUCUAUACUCAUGGGCCUAUCGGCUGCCUUUGCCCAAAACCAAGUGCCGGCCCUCGGCAAAGCAAACAUUCCCUUCUUGUUCCUCUUUCUUGGAGCCUACGACGUGCUCGCUCCAAGUUACCCUGUCGAGAUUCUCACAUAUACAAUGAGAACCAAGGGUCAAGCGAUUUUCGUCUUCUUGCAGACGCUUGGCAUGUCCGUCAACACUUGGGUAAACCCUAUUGCUCUUGAAGCCUUGCAGUGGAAAUACUAUGGAGUUUACAUCGUCAUCCUCGUGGCCGUACUUGCCAUCAUCUUUUUCUGGUUUCCCGAAACCAAGAAUCUCACAAUCGAAGAGAUUGCCGUCAUCUUUGAUGGCGAGAGGGCCUUGGGUGGUACUGGUAGGCCGGGAAGUGAAGAGGGUGGGAGGUCUACUCCAUCAAAGGGCACCGAUGAUAGAGUCGAGUUCACGGGACUUGACAAGGCCUCUAAAUGA